AUGGAGAAGACAAAUGCCACUUCAGAUUUUAUUCUCUUGGGACCCUUUAAGCACACCAGCUUCCACCUCUUCCUCUUCAUUGUGGUGCUGACAAUAGCCAUUUCUUCCUUGAUGGGCAAUGCCCUCAUGAUCCUCCUGAUUCACAGGGACCACUGGCUUUACACACCCAUGUACUCACUACUGAGCCAAUUCUCCUUCAUGGACAUGAUGCUGGUUUUCACCAUUGUGCCCAAAAUGGCAUCUGGCUUUCUGACAGGCAAGAAGUCCAUCUCCCCUGCUGAUUGCGGGUUACAAAUUUUUGCCUUCCUCACCUUGGGUGGCGGGGUGUGCUUCCUCUUAGCAGCUAUGUCUUAUGACUGCUAUGUGGCAGUGUGUCAUCCACUACGAUAUAACAUUCUCAAGAGUUGGCAACUCUGCCUCAGAAUGAUCGUGGGAUCUUGGUUUCUGGGGGCAGCUGAUGGUCUCAUGCAGUCAGUUGCUACCCUGAGUUUCCCUUUCUGCAGUGCAUACGAGAUUGAUCAUUUCUUCUGUGAGGCCCCCUCACUGGCGCCCUUGGCUUGUGCUGACACUUCAAUCUUCGAAAAUGUUAUGUACAUUUGUUGUGUGUUAAUGCUUCUUGUACCUUUAUCCCUCAUCCUGACCUCCUACGGUCUCAUCCUAGCUGCUGUUCUCCACAUGCGUUCUACAAAGCUCAAAAAGUCUUUUGCAACGUUCUUGUCACACUUGGCUGUGGUAGCACUCUUUUAUGGGGCUGCCAUUUUUAUCUAUAUGAGACCCAAAUCCUACAGAUAAGCUAACCAUGAUAAGGUUGUGUCAGCUUUCUAUACAAUCUUCACUCCUGUGUUGAACCCGCUCAUUUAUAGUCUGAGGAACAAUGAGGUGAAAGGAGCUUUUAAAAGGUGGCUUGGGAAAUGUAUUAACUUAAAAGUUCAAUAAACUUAGCCCCACUGUUUAGGGUUAUCCAAUGCCAAAAUUGUGUUGUU